UCUCACAUUUGACUCCCUGACUUCCUGGAGAAUUCAUAGCUUUCAAAUUCUCUGGGUUUUUGAAUCGAUAAAGUGCUUGAAAAUGGGAAGAGAAAAGAGUCCUGGCUUGAAGAUCCUCUGGGUCUGGACUCUCGGCACUGCUGCCAUAUUGGUGGCUAGUGUUGUCCGAACAAGAAUGCAUGACAUGGAGUCUAUGAUGAACCAGGAACAAGCACCCAAACAAACCCACCACAUAACUGCAGCUCCUUCGGAUGUAACAGUUUUGCCUGACUCAGAUCGAGAAAUUGCCAAAGAACUCAAAUGAACAACAGUCAUGGUUCUCUGGUUUUUGUUUUUGUUAGUUCUCUUACUUUUCUGUGGGUUGCGCUAAGAUGAUGUUUUAAUAGUUUUGGUAUGUCUACUUUGCAACUAUAACUAGAAGAUUCUAGAUGUUACAAGGAGAAUAAUAUGAAAAGUGAAUCGACAAAGAAUCUUGAUGGGA